UGGUGCAGAUGCAGUGAGAGAGAGAUUUUUCAGUAAAGCAGCUGAUCUUUAAUCGCUUUUUUCUGUCGUUGUAAUCUUACGUUGCAUUUCCUAACGUUUUUUUUUUGCAUUUUAAAUUAAAAGAAAAGGAUUUUUUUUAAAACAGUGCUGAGUGCUUGCAAAGUGAUUUAGAAAAAGAAAUUAAUUUAAUUUAAUUUAAAUAAAAAAUGAAGAAUUCCGUGUGUUUUGUCCUCACGAUCUUUGUGGUGGUUUUAUUGGUGCAGGAAGUACCAAAAGCUAGUCCAACACCCAUUUUCUUCCCCGCACUCAGCAGGUUUAUAUCCGAUCUAAAAUACGGUGCUGAUUACUCAGGCUAUCACGGUGGUGCCUACGGUGGUUACGGUGGUCCCUAUGGGUCAUACGGUGGUUCCUAUGGAUCAUACGGUAGGCCCAGCAAUGGUGGCUACUUUGGCAACGGCAGUGGAGGCACCUUUAACCGUCAACCUGAUCGUGCUGUUAAUCGCCAAUCGCAGGGACGCAGUUAUUCGGACAUUUGUCGAGUCUUUGGGUCACCUGGUAUCAAUACGAACAUCCCCAGUGGUACCUUCUGCCCCUAUAGUGGGUAAUCUUGUGCCAAUUUGGUGGCUUCACAAUGUGCCAUCUCUACGCGCUCGAGUAAAUUCUCUCUUUAUUUCAACGUCAUCACCACACCAACUUCCCGCGUGCUACAAAAUCUGUGCAAUUUCUUGUGAAUUCCAGAGGCCUCAUAUAAUUGCAGAGCAGUGUGGCAAAGCAAUAGAUCUAGUGUAAAAGCAUUAAAACUUCUUCAACUAUUACAUGAGACAACACAUAAUUCAGAUGAAUGAGAAUGAUGGAGUGUUACGAUACUGCCCCAUCUUCAACACACAUACAGGCCAAUUUGUCUCGGAUGGAGCACCAGCAGCUCGGGAAAAUUGAAUUGUGACUCUCCUCGAUCAGCCAGAGCUGUGAAGAAAAAUCUUCCGCAUUUCCGAACAUCCGUACAAAUCAGGUGUUCUGAAGGUGGAUGAGUUUUCUUUCAGCACAAUGCUGCUGAUCAAGUCACAGAAUUUUCCCGCGCAAUGCGCUUUAUACCAAAUUCGGUGCAUAAAAUACCGCAAUGUACAUAUUUUUUAUCUUUUUUAAUUUAUUCUUAAUCGCACCUGCUAUGUAGGAAUUAAAUUGUGAUAGAGCAAUAAAUGAAUUUAUAUA